AUGGCAUUGUUCGUCACGUACUACCUACGAUCUACGUCUAUAAAUAGCCUCAUGUACGUCAUGUCCACUACUCGAGCGUUCAUCAAUUCAUUCUUUCUCAUACCAUACGGAAGGAUGAUGGCUAUGGUACGUGCUGCGGCCAUCCUAAUGUUGGCCAUCUAUUCUUCUGUGGCCGCAGGUGGAACGUUAUAUCCGCCUCCAUCAUCGGGUUAUGCAGAGAUUCCUCUUCCACAGCUACCACCAUAUGGACCGGUAUCGUACGUACCCGUGAGGAGGAAUCCGUUCUUGGGAGCACAGUUUAUGAAGCCGAUCGACGUUCCAAUAGCGGAGGGUAGUGUGAAAUGCCGGAGAUGUAACUGCUGCUCUUUGUUGAUGGGUGUGAGCACCAUUGGCGGUGGAUAUUCACAAGUUGGUACCAUCGGUUCGCUUGGUUCACUUGGCUCAGUUAGGCCCGUGAUUUCCGGUGGCCCCGGCGGCAAACAGAUCUGCUGUGAAUGUGGAGCAUGCUCGGACAGACCAUCUAAUGGCUACCCAGUGCCAGUCAUUCCUCCUCGACCUCUCUACCCUUUGCCACAUCCUUCGCCUCCCACACCUCCAUCAGGGCCCUUUCCUCCACCUAAUCCUGUUUACCCUUUGCCACCAGGUUACAAAACAGCGCCAGGGCCAGAAUACCCAGCUAAACCCCCAGGAGUGCAACCUCCCACCUAUUUACCUGGAUUCCCAUCACCUCUCGUGAAACCACAAAUCAUUCCCCCAGCCCCGAUUUCCCCACCGGUGCCAUCAGUUGUUGAACCUCGUGGACCUCCUGCCCCGAUUUCUCCCCCACUAGUCUCACCCGUUGGACCACCUGCACCCCUUAAACCCUCAAUGCCGGAACCGUCUUCAGUCCUACCCAUGGGACCUCCAUCAGUGACACCUUCGGUGUCCCCAGUUUCGGUUAUACAACCUGCUACUCCUUCAUCUCCGUUGUACCCGAUAAGGCCAUCUUCUAUAAUACCACCUCUUCCUUCCUCUUAUGUACGACCACCAACGCCUACUUACGUAACACCGCCACCUCCUCCGCCACCUUCACCGCCACCUCCUCCACCUCCUUCGCCACUUCCUCCAGUCUACCCAAUCCCUCCGGCUCCCACUUAUCCGUUACCGCCGAAACCACCUGUUAUUGUACCCCCGAGCUAUCCCACUGCUCCACCAUCAGGGACGUAUCCUGUACCGAUCGCUAGACCGCCGUCUGCUCCUGCUGAAGGCUAUGCUGGAAUUCCUCUGCCGUCUCCAUCAAUGCAACCGGGUGGCUCAAUCUCUACGAAUCAACUACGCUGUAAAGGCGGAAAAUGGUCAGCGUGUUGCCAAGUUCGAUGCAAUGAUUGA